AUGAACGUCUUCGGCGAUCCUGCAGAAGAUGUUAUUCCGGUCACUCUGCUGGAGGACCAGACAAUAAUGGAAGGUAAGGCAGAGAACAGUUCUUCGUCAACGAAGUCUCCGACUGGCUCUGGGUUUUCUCUGACGGCACGGUGGACCAAACCUGGACCGGACCCCUAGAAGUCCAGUUCCUCGAAAUUCUUUAUUUCCCCUCCGCCUCCGCCUCCGACACCUCCUCGCCUCUAGCCGUCAGGGUCUGUCUCCCAGCCGGCUCUGAAGUUGGACUGCGCUUCCCCGUUUUUCGACACUUCCACGGGAAUCGCUUCUACACUAGCCGCCCCAGCUGGUAACAGCUCUACGAACGCCUAGCCUCGGCCUCCGACACCGCUUCAUCGCCGCUGUCAACGACUGCUUUUUAGGCGGGGCUGCGGAUCCUGCCUAUGAUGGUUGUGGUGGCGGAGUGGGACCUGAUCAGGGACUCUGCGACGGAGUAUGUCAGGCCGUGAAGGCGGAGGGGAAGGAGGUGGGGGUAGCAGAGUAGCCCAGGGGUGGGCCGGUUCUUCUACCUCAGCAAGUUCAUCUUGACUCCAAUCCCCACAUGGGGAGCCGAAUGGCGGAGCUGAUCGAGACGAUCAACUUUAGGAUUGCCAGUGAUGAGCCAAGACAAAGGCACCAUUUCAUUCAUCCCACCAAAGACCCUAACCGGGGAAUAUUUUGUGUUGAUCGAUACUGUGGAUAUUGCGGUUGGAAUAAGAGCCGUGUCCGAGAAUCUAUCACGACAAGAUAUGUUCUUGCGCAGCAAAAUUGUUCGGGGCUUUUUCUAUACUUCUGGACCAUAAUGCUUCAAGCCCAGACGAUAUUUUAACUAGGGGACAGGUGUGGCAUAUCGACGUUGGACGUGACAUCUUAUAGAGAGCUAAAGAGCUAACCCGAAGCAAAAGUUCGGCUUAUGACCUACAGAGAAACCAUCCUGAAACUCUACAGGAAAUUCUUGAAGAGACGCACAGAAAGAGAGAGAGAGGAAGGAGACUUUACCUUCUGCGUUAGUGGCUCCGGGACAGUCCUUUUGUGGAAAAAAUUGUUACUCGGAUUCUAGUCUAGACGAGAUUUUCAGCUUUGAGUUGUCCUACCCCAAUGUAUAACCAAUUAUAGAAAUAAUGGCAGUUAAGGAAAAUGUUGAACUGUUAGCUUCAAUGAAGAUUUAAAACUUGCUAAUGACAUAAUUGAUGCUACAAAUAAGGUUUUAAAUGUAAAAAAUCAACACAUUUAACAAGCAGAUGAAAAUAUUUGUCAAGAAUUUUCUAAAGAGAUGCUAAUGGAAUUUUAAAAUGA